GUAGUGGAAGGAAGCUAAGUAUGGAGGACUACUUUUACUGGUUUUGGGUCUUGACCAUUUCAUACAUAUUUCUGGUUUUCUUGUUCAGAGUUUGGGUUUAUCUUUGGUGGAGACCCAAAAGAAUACAACUACAUUUUUUCAAGCAAGGUAUCAAAGGACCUCCCUAUCAUUUCUUGUUAGGAAACACAAAAGAGCUUGUGAGGUUGAUGUUGAAGGCUUCUUCUAAACCCAUGCCUCUCUCUCACAACAUACUCCCUAGAGUUCUCUCCUUCUAUCAUCACUGGAAGAAAAUCUAUGGUGCAACCUUUGUUGUGUGGUUUGGACCCACGGCUCGUCUGACAGUCUCAGAUCCAAUCCUGAUUCGAGAGGUUUUGAACAUGAAAUCAGACUUGUUUGAGAAAACUGAGCCACCCCCGCAUGUUAAAAAGCUUGAAGGUGAUGGUUUGUUAACUCUCAAGGGAGAGAAAUGGGCUUUCCAUAGAAAGAUCAUCUCCUCAACCUUUUACCUAGAAAAUCUCAAACUAAUGAUACCUAUUAUGGGAAAGAGCACAAUGAAGAUGUUAGAGAAAUGGAUGGAAAUGUCAAGUAGUAGUGGUGGGAUGGUGAGAAUUGAAGUGUCCAAGUGGUUUGAAGCUUUGAUAGAGGAGAUCAUUACCCACACGGUCUUUGGAAGCAGCUAUGAAGAUGGAAAAAUCAUUUUUGAAUUACAACAACAAAUGCUUUAUGCCAUUGGGUCCUAUAGCAAGGUUUUCUUCCCUGGAUACAGGUUCUUGCCAUCUAAAAAGAAUAGAAUUUCUUGGAGAUUGGAUAGAGAAAUCAAAAAAUCGUUGAACAAGCUCAUCAGAGAGAGGAUUAAAAGUUAUAAUAAUGGGGUGGUGUCCGAUGAUCAACAACCUCCAAACGAUUUAUUGGAAUUGAUGAUCAAAGCAAGAAACAUUAUGAAACAAAAAAAACACACAAGAAGUUCGGAUUCUGCUAAGUCUUCUUGUUCUUGUUCCUCGGAAUCGAUGAUCAGCGUUCACGAUAUCGUUGAGGAAUGUAAAACCAUUUUCUUCGCCGGAAAACACACCACCUCGGCUUUGCUAACGUGGACCACCAUCUUACUUGCCAUGCACCCUCACUGGCAACAACUGGCACGUGAUGAGGUAUUGGCAGCAUGCGGGGCACGUGAUAUCCCUACUAAAGAUGACGUUUCAAAGCUUAAGACGUUGGGGAUGAUAUUGAAUGAAUCGUUGAGGUUGUACCCACCGGUGGUCGCUAUCUUGAGACAAGCAAAAGUUGAUGUCGAGUUGGGUGGCUAUAUGGUACCACGUGGGACAGAGCUGCUACUACCGAUCUUGGCCAUCCAUCACGAUCAAGCAUUAUGGGGCUACGAUGCGACCGAAUUCAACCCUAAUCGAUUCACUUUAGGUGUGGCCCACGCAGCGAAGCAUCCAAUGGCAUUCAUGCCAUUUGGGUUCGGAAGCCGCCGACGCAUCGGACCAAACCUGGCAAUUCUACAGGCAAAACUAGCCAUUGCUAUGAUCUUGCAACGAUUCUCGUUUGAUCUUGCACCAAGCUACCAACAUGCACCAACGGUUGUGAUGCUUCUAAAUCCACAGCACGGUGCACCAAUCGUCUUUCGAAAAUUUUAGGGAAGAAAACAAUCUCAGCAAGGUUCUUAACAUAUUUGUGUGUGCAAUGUGCAUAUACAUAAUAUUUUUGAGAGUCCCAUGUACCUUACCUUCUCU